CGGUCAGCUCGAUGCAGACUGCUUGACCACGCAGAGAAGAAGAGAUGCUCCCGUCGCCAGGAGCGAUUUUGUGUUGUAGCACUGCCGUGCCAUUUGUUACCUAAAGACAUUCCGUCAUUUCUCCCUCGUUUUAGUGUUUUCUAUUUAUAAUAUUGUUUUUUUAACGACUAAAUGAUAGGGCGACAAGCGGAACUGUAAUAUUUAAACAUGUCAGCCGAUGAAAUUGAUUACAAUAUUGUGUUUCCAGAUGCGGGCACAUCAGAGAGACACUGGCAGGGGACAAAGGAGCCCGUUGUCAUACUGUUGGGCUGGGCCGGGUGCAAGGAUAAACACCUCUCCAAAUACAGCUCCAUCUACAACGAGCAGGGCUGUGUCACUAUCCGCUACACAGCUCCCCUGAAGACCGUCUUCAUCUCCGAGUCGUUCGGCUACAAGGAGCUGAGCAGCACCGCGCUCAAGCUGCUGGAGAUCCUCUACGACUACGAGGUGGAGAACAGCCCCGUGUUCUUCCACGUCUUCAGCAACGGCGGCUUCAUGCUGUACCGAUACGUCGUGGAGCUGUUGCACAGCGACAAGCARUUCAGCUCGCUGUGCGUGGUCGGGGCCGUGGUGGACAGCGCCCCGGGCAGCGGGAACAUCCGCGGGGCUCUGCGCGCGCUGGCGGCCACCCUGGGGCCGAAGAUAAGCCCCCUCUUAAGGUACGUCCUCCUGGCGCUGUUCGCCGUGAGCGUUUUCCUCCUGCGAGUCGUGCUGUACCCCCUGACCAAGUUCAUCCACAAGAACCACUACGACGCCGUGCAGGACGGGCCGCCCGCCUGGCCCCACCUGCACCUGUACUCCAGAGCCGACCUCGUGAUCAGGUACAGGGAYGUCGAGCAGUUCAUGGAGGCCGUGAAGAAGAAAGGCGUCUCCGUGGACGGUUACGACUUUGCCUCCAGCUCCCACGUCUGUCACUUCCGGGAUUUCCCCGAGCAGUACACGCGCAAGUGCCGCGUUUUUCUGGCUGCGUGCAUGAAAGACUUGGAGGGAGUGGAAAAAGUCAAAAAGAGACAACACCUUCAAAAAUCCAAGUGAAGGAAAGUUUUUGCUCUGAAACUACUGCGAGGUUGAAGUUUAGCGUCUCUGUGCACUGAAAGGGAAGGGUCCACUUGUGUGGCGUUAUUGAGCCGCACUCAGUUUUCAAAACCCAGCACACACUGGAACACACAAGCUGCUGAAAGUUUGUCAGAUAACGGCUGAACUCUGCUUCCUCAACUGCUUUUGGAACAGUCCAGAACCACAUCAGACUGUCAGGAGAGAGACCACACCAACAGUUACACACUGUAAAACUGGGACUGAAACCUUUUAGGCUGAUUUAGUGCUGUGAAAUGUGAUGCAUUGUAGAUUAGACAUAGUAAAUCUAAGAUGCAGCUGUAUGUUCUGUUUCGUUUUAAUAAAAUGUAACUCUUGAUUUGUUACUAAAACAAUAACCCAAGGGUGCUUAAAAUGAAGCUAAUAGUCACAUACUGAAGUGAUUAAUCUGUUUUUGUCACUAUUAGAGGCAUCAUAUGCCUUAUAGAAAAUAAAAUCUUUCACAGUUUGAUUUUACAACUUUUAAAUCUUAUCAACCUAAUCUGCGGUACAACAUUAAAUUUAUUACAAAAGUAAAGUGGCGUGACAAUGAAUGUAUGUGUCAAGCACAACUUAUUUAUUCUUUUUAACUGAUGUGCCUUCAAUAAACCAGAAUGCUCACAGUAAA